AUGCAAGCUCCAAAGUCUCCUGAAUCAACACAACAGUGGGAAGCUCCGGCCAGGAGCCAGAGGGACCUGCCGGAAGCUUCCUGGAAGCUGCCCCGGGAUUUCCUGCUGUGUUAUAAGGGCUUCCUCGACCGUUGGAUCAGCCUCCAGAGGAAGCCAGGCCAGGCCUGGAGAUGGCCCAAUGGCACCAAAUUCGACAACCGGUUUCCAAUAAGAGGAGGAGGCAAAUGUGCUUUUCUGAUGGAUGAGAACUGGUUUGGCAGCUCAAGGUGUAUGAAAUGGAGACACUGGGUCUGCAGCAAACCUGAUGUCUAUAUGAUGGGGAAGGGAUGCAUUGUGGAGUCAAAAGUUUGAGACUCGUGGGAACUGGACCUGGAGAAGUUUUAUUAGGGGGCCCAUCUACUACUAUCUGAAGAUGAUGGAGGCUGGAUCUCUGUUACUUCAGGAACGUCCCCAGGACUUUGUCCAUUCCUGGCUGUACACAGUCCAAACCAAGGGGCUUCCAGCCCUUGCGUUGUGGACAUGAUUCUCCAUAACGGCAUGUUCCUGAGGGCUUAAUGGUAUUUUCCCUUUGGCUCAGUUUAAUCCCACUUGUUCCAGUUCUCCACCCCUACAAGGACUCUGCUCCAAGACCUCCCCUUUGAUGUCCGUCUUUGAAAUGACUGCAUCGCCCUAAGACAAGACCUAGUCCUCCUGUAUAAGCCAACCGCCUGGAUCAAGCGCUGCCAGGGAGCCAGAAGGCGGAGACAGAAAAUGCCAGCCAAAAUGAAAAUGGAGCAGGUGCAAGGGAGAAGUGCAGUGGCUUUUCUCCCUUCCCAGUGACAGAAAGUUAAGGCACAAAAUUAAUUUUAACUUCAUUUUUUUCUCCACAAAUUGUGUUGAGGCGUAACUGACUCUCCAAGGUUCAGUAUUAAACACACAACUGCAAACUAUCCUGAUGUGAAGGCAAGACAGAAAGAAGAGUGAGAGGUCAUUGUGGCUCCAUCAGGAGCUCUUUAAUGGUCUGAAAAUUCAAAAGGAAUCCUACACAAAGUGGAAACAUGGACAAAUUGCUAAGGAUGGUAGAAAAGAACAGCACAAGCAUCUAGGGAAUAAAAUCAGAAAGACUAUGGCACAAAAUGAGUUACACCUAGCAAGGAACAUAAAAGGCAAUAAGAAAAGGUUCUUUAAAUACAUUAGGAACAAGAGAAAAAUGAAAGAAAGUGUAGGUCCUCUACUGAGCAGGGAACUGAAACAGCACAACAGUUAGUCCAAGACCCCACGGGGGUCUGAAGGAGCAAAGGAGGAUGCUUCUGGCAGAGCCAGGGGAAGGGGAAACCACCUGGCAGUUAGUCGGGGUGUCACAGGGGCUAGAGAGGAGAGGGAGGUUGCCGCAGACAGGUAGACUGACAACGCUGAACUAUCCAUGACUGGGUUCCCUGUCCCCCACCCACCCAUCCACAUGCCUGUGAACACAAAAAUCCUGGCUGCCUCCUUCUUACCUAACCCCAUUCAAGCUGUGGUGGCCUCGCUUCCCGUUUCUGGCCUUGUCUGCAUCGUUUGCUGACAACCCUGCAGUAUGGGCACUGUGAAGCCAGGAGAGGUGCAGCUUUCCGAAUGGUGAGUGGGGAGGAAGAUGGGAAUUGGCCCUCGGCUGUGGAAUCAGAAAAGAUCGGGGCUGGGAUCUGGGCUGGCACUUGGGAUGGUGAGCCGGGUGCGUGAUGUAGGUGUAACUCACCUACCUCCUGGGUGUGGUGUUCUGUCCCAUCUGGUGGCACCAACACCACUUAGAGAGAGAGUUAAUGAGUCUGUUCUACAGCCUUAGCUAACAGCCAUUGGCUUUUAGAUCAUGCGGUAGACCUUCAUGCACUAAGCUCCAAAAGUCCCAGGUUCGGACAGAACCAAGGUCUGUUGGCUAUUACAUAGGCUUCCUGAGAGAGCAGUGGCAGGAGGCCAUAUGCUGCCACCUACGUCUCUACUGGGGGUCAGUCAGUGAUGACAGAGUGAGGGAAGGUCUGGAAGGGUGCAGCAGCUGCUCAGCGAGUGCCCAUCCACACUACAACGUCAGCCACGCUUGUUCUAACCUUUAAUUCCAGUAACCAAUGAUGUUGCUGUUUCAGUUUGUGUAUGAUCUCUAGUUGCAGUU